AUGGUUGAUCAGCUGAAAGAUGAAAAAGUAACCCUUGAGCAAGAACUGGAAUCUGUUCGAGGGGAAGUUAUCCAUAUGAAGCAGCAUCUGCAAUCUGCGGAGCAGAAGGUAUCAGAUCUAAGCCACAAUCUGAAAGCCAAGGAGGAAGAAACCUUGAAAAUUGUGGAGAUCUCAACUGAGAUUCAGCAGGCACAGAAUGUGAUACAAGAACUCACAACUGCAUCUAGUCAGCUAAAGGAGAAAUUGGGCCAGAGGGAAGUGGAAUAUUCAACUCUUUCUGAGAUGCAUGAGCUGCAUGAGAAGAAGACAUUGGCUCAAAUUACGGGAUUAGAGGCUGCUGUGGCAGAGCUGGAAUUGGAAAUGGAAUCUUUGAGAGCUCAGAAAAGAGAGAUGGAAGUGAAAAUUGAGAGCACAGAAACUGAAGUAAAACAACUGGGAGAGGAGCAAUUGGAUCAGAAGGAAAAGGAAUAUUCAACUCUGUCUGAGAAGCAUGAGCUGCAUGAGAGUAAAACGUCAGCUGAAAUCAUCGGAUCAGAGGCUCUUGUGACAGGACUGAAACUGGAGCUGGAGUCUUUGCGAGAGAGCAAAAUCGCUGAUCAUCAAAGACUGCUGAAUGAACAGGAGGAGAUAUGCAGCAAGUUAAAGGAGGAAUGUAUACAGCUGAAGAGUCAGUUCCAGGACACUAAGGUCAAUUGCGACGCUGCAGAAAGGAAAGUCGAGCAAGUGGCAGAAGAUUUCAGUAAAAAAAUUGAAUCCAAAGAUGAGAUGAUAGCUGAUUUGGAGCAAGAGGUUGAAUAUCUGAAACGAGAUCUAGAAGAAAAAGGGUACGAGCUUAGUUCUUUGGUUGAAAGCUCCCGCAAUAUUGAAGUUAAGCUCCGCCUGUCAAACCAGAAGCUCCGGGUUACAGAGCAGGUAUUGACCGAGAAAGAAGAGAGCUUCAAAAAGGCUGAACUGAAAUUCCUGGAAGAACAGAGAGCACUUGAAGACAGGAUUGCUAGGUUGUCUGGUCGAGAGGAUGCGGGCAAAGGCAAGGAAGAAGUGGAGAAGGGGAGUCUGAUCAAAGCCGUGAGCCAACUUGAGAAGAAAGCGGCGGACUUGGAGAAGAUGGUGGAGGAGAAAAAGGAGGGCAUGCUGGGAUUAGGAGAGGAGAAAAGGGAAGCCAUAAGACAGUUGUGCAUUUGGAUCGAGUAUCACCAAAGCCGGUACGAUCAUGUCAAGGAAGUUCUCUUGAAGACAACUCCUGCAAGAGGCCAGGGGAGGGCCUCUUCGUCUCAGCCUUGA